GCGGCGGUGUGGAGGCUGCAGGUUUAGGACGGAGUUUGCUAUAAACGAGCUCUCAGUCCCGCUGAUCCAGCAGCAGCAGUCCCUGCAGGUCGGACUGGGUUCCGGAUGGUGAAUUACUCUGUGGAGCUGCUGCUGAAUAGUUAUUGCUUUGGUUGUCAGAGAAAAGACAAGACUCUGUUUGGUUCUCAGGAGACCAUGCGCGAUACAGAGGACAGUGCUUCUUUAGUGGGCUCCAGACUGCAUUGCUCCAGGCAGCAGGCUCCAGGGCCUCUGUGGUGCUCCGAUGCCCCUCACCCACUAACGAAGAUCCCGAGUGGGCGAGGGACUGGAAGGGAUCUCCCUCUCAGUGUACCUCUUCACAAGGACGACAGGUUGACUGUGACUCAGUCGGGUGCAGUCAGUGGAACCUCCUCAAUCCUGCACUUCCAGUACAAACUGGGUGAGCGGCGAUUUUCCUGCUGGGACACGGUGCUGGCAGCCAACUGCCUUUAUCUGGAGAUCCCCAGUGGAGCUCUGCCGGAGGGCAGCAAAGAGGGUCUUACCAGUCUGUUGGAGUUUGCAGAGGAGAGUCUGAAAGUUGCCCAUGUGUUCCUGUGGUUCUACAAAACCAGGGAGGAUCGAAUGUCCAUCAUGAAGACCUUCCACUACAUGGGUUUUGAGGUUGUGAAACCCGAGCAUCCUCUGGUGCCAACCCGGCCCGAUCUCUUCUUCAUGGCCUACUCUAUGGACAACAGCAGCUCUGAUGAGGAAUGAACUCUGAAAAUGCCCCCUUGAUCCUAAAACUUUUGUGCUCUUUCCUCCUUGACCCUAUCCUUACAAUAAACUUCAAUAAAGUGGAGGCUGGAGGAGAAGGAAUGGAGAAUGGAUUCCUCAGAUUGGUUGCCAUCCCUGGUUAAUUGGUGCUACAAGUAACGUAUAAGCACAUCCUCUGUUAGUCUGCACCAAGUCUAUACUCCUUAUGUGUGGCCUGCUUUUAGACAGGAUAUAGUUGUUAGGGGAAUCGUCUAAGGGGUAGACUUGGCUUAAUAGAUUGUAAGCCAUUCCACUUCAGGGUCCUAAUGCAGCACAGGAAUGAUUAUUUGUUACUCCUAGUGUUUUACAUUGCUCACUGCUCUGUUGGUCACCAUUCCUUAUUUCGCAUUGCAAGGCAUUUCAGAGUAGAACAGGUCUCCCCGCCUGUAACAAUUGAGGGUCAAACUCACCCUGCAUAUUCUGGGAAUCUUAACAAAAUAUAUGCCAGAGUAUUAAAUAACCUGUAGGAUUGCUUGGAGCUGUUUAUGGUAAAUGGCUACACAUGACUAAUGAUGUGAAAUUAUUUAUUAAUAUGGGGACUACGGCCUUCCAAAGGAGGGGUCUGGUAUGAUGGGCUCGGCUUUUUGACGCUACAACCCUUCUAAUGCAGUUCAGCCAAAAGUAGGAUGAUCAGGGAAGGGCUUGUGAUGAGUGAGUGCACACUUAAAAUAAUGCUUUAUGAUUCUCCCACAAGUGAAGCAAUUAAGCAGGCACUUGAACUGUUAAUGAGGAGCACUCCUUUCUAUUUCAUCAAUCCGGUUUUACUUUUUGCACCAGUCUUAAGUUGGCUUUAAGCUUCGUGCUGCUUGUGUUCAUGAGUUGGUUAAAUAACUGUGGCUCUAUCCUUUCUUAAACAAAUGCACUUUAGUUGUAUGCAUGUAAUCAGAUGUGCAUUCUGGAUACAGCGUGAUAGAGACGUCCCAUACUUUUGAAGCUGUCUUUCUUUGUGAAAUUGAGCGAGUUGCCAAAGAAAACGGUACUCCUCUUUAAAGCUUAUACAUUUUUCAAAGGAAGAGUAGCACCAUUCAGUCUAAAUACAUUCCCCACAGCCGGAGCAUUCUGAUCUAAAGGCCUGCGCAAGCUGUACUUGGGCUCCAUCCCUGGGACUUUGGGUUCUGCAUGUGUAUACAGUAAAUCUUUACAUUUAUAGAAUUAACUUUGAGCCAUGACAAUAAGCUGUUUAUAAAAAUACAUUUCAGCCUUGGAGAUUUUAUUUUUGUCUAUCUGUAUCGGUUGAUUUGACUUAUUUUUGUUGACUUUCUUUGUAGAUUAGGAUUUUGUUUACAGUCCAUAUCUGUAAACCCAACCCACCCACUCUUCUGUCCAAAUAAAAUGUAAACUGUGA